AUGCGUUGCCUCCGUCUCCUCCCGGUCGUUGCCGUCCUCAUCGCCCUCGCCUGUUUUGCGCGACUGACCCACCAGAAGGGGAUCGCAGUCCCCGGCACACCGGCUCGGGAGGAUGGCGCUGCGGCCGGCCAACCUGAACAGAGCGAACCGAAUGAAGCUAAACAGAGGCAAAACCUCUCUGCAAAGGCUGGAUAUGCGGCGACAGCUGAAAAGGCGACGAAAGGGGCCGCAAAGGGAACCAGGAAGAAUCCAUCCGGGAAGGCAGCGGGCAUACAGGAACGGCCAUCGAUAGGCAGGCGAGUUUCCAAUUGGGUUGCCGGUAUUUUUCGGCGCCGCUCAGCCGAUCAGACGGAACCAAAGAGGGCGAGGCGAACGAGGCGUACGCCAGAGGCCUCUCGGGAUGUCGGUAAAGACGAGCAGCAGGGUCUCCAACGAGGCGCUAUGACGAUGGAGACUAACGAGAAACAACCUGGCGGUACACACGCGGCAGCGGCUGUUCAUGAAGGAGAACGAUCUCCAGGCUCCGAAUCAACAGAGGGGAGCCCUUGUUCUCUGAACGACCAGCACGAAGGUGGAGACGCGGAACAAGAUGUGCAGGUCAGUGAUGAAAAUGAACAUCCUCAUCUGACUUCCGAUGACAAGAAGGCCGCACCUAUGGGUGAUUCCGAUACGUUUGAGAUCAAUCCGGAAGUAUCAGAGGGGUGGUCAUCUGACGUAGGUCUUAAAGAGUCGGACGGGUCUUUUCUGACUCAUGACGACUCGUGGAUCCGAUGGAUGUACGGAGAUGCGGAGGACAAGCUUAUGCAGGAGGCAUCUACUCUCGAAAAAUCUCCUGGCGACCUGCCAGAAGAGAGCGACAACCAAACUGAGGACGGUGGCAAGAGUCAAACGCCGCCUUCCUGGGACUGGACUCCUACAGGACCCUCUGAUGCCGACACUGGGAAUCUGCACAAAGCUCUCCAGGGUGAGCGUAACGUGGCAAAUGCUGCGAGGGAUGCGACAAAGGUUGCCUUUCCUGAAUCGUCUUCGAGCGACGAGGAGAGCGAAGAAGAGGAGAAGGCAUUUAAACGCGUGAUUCGUGCGCUGUUGCCGCCCUGGGCUGGCCCGGCCGACUCCCAGACCGGAAACCAUGGUGUCAGGGGGCCUGAGGAAAGCAGGCCUGGGCCUGAGUCGCCGGCGUCCGCUGUUAUAGAGAAUGAUCGAAACGGAAAGCCGAAGGCAGCUGCUGACCCUACUCCCGGUCACCAGGAAAGACCAGCGAAUCAGGACUCGGAUCCAGGUUUCCGUGUGGUCCCGGCAAGUUUGAGCAUGGCGAAUUCGUGGUGGGCUGUGAGCGAAGGCGAAGCUACGUCGAAUUCCUUCCUCAUCGAUGCGUCUUCAGAGGCUGUGGUGUUCAAAGACAAAUCUUUCCCUCUGGAGGCUGGAAACGUCGUAGAGAACCACGAUAUGCGGAAUUUUGGAGUUGUUCGCGCAGCAAACGUUGUCGCUUACCGGCACCAGAUGGCGUGCAGAAAUUUCCACACCACGGCGCAUCUCAUGAAUGAACUUCCCUCCAUGUACGGCGUUGUUUGUACUAUCACCCGGCUCACCGCCUUCGCCGAGGACGCAGCGGCGGGGCUUCACGUCCCCGUCAACUCCGCUGCAGUCCGGGCGUUGGCAAAAGUGAGCAGCGCAGCCAAUGCAAGGAAACAUGCGAUUGAAGUGGCCCUUGCCAUACGAAAACACAUUGCUGAUGCCGCGUCGCGUCAGGAUUCUCUCAACCUCGGCCUUCUCCUCAAUAGCGUCAUGAUGGAACAUCCUAGCCUCCGGCCUGUCUGCAGCGCCCUCAUUAUGAUGCUGUUCGAAUGCCGCGCCACAUUGCCGUAUCCUCUGCGAGCGCAGAACGGCUUCCCAGUCCUCCCUCCGGAAGAUAUCCCCAAAUCUCCGUACCUACGCCAUAUGAAUCAAGAGGGCGCCGACAUUCGCAUUCCCGCCGAUGCGCCCACCGCUUUCCCCAUCACGAUUGUCGCGCAGUCAGGAGGCUCAACGUUUGACGGUGCGAACAGGGACAGUCCGAAGGAGGACGAGCUCUGGCGUCAGCCGAUAUACAAGGCCUUCUCCAUUCUCUGGUUCUUUGUAAUGCACAUGUAUCACCUUGGUGAAAGAUUUGACGUCUACAAGUCACAGCACGUAGAUGAGGUCUUCCCAUCGCCCUGGCGCCUCGUGUACGUCGGUACCGCUCUCUGGACUGAGUGGGUUCCCUUCCACGACGCCAAAAGCCAGAUCUCUCCAGGAGGCAUGGAGGCACUGGAGAAGUACAAGCUCAAGACAUCCUGGAAGCGCGUCCCGUACAGCUUGAAGAAGCAGCUGUUUGUUGAAGAGACACCCGAGACCCCCAAGCAGGUUAAGGGCGUUCUCCGCCCGUUUAACGUGGAUCAAUGUGAUAGAGAUGCGACCUACGCAACCACGGACGCUUCGCCCUUGGUGGCCUUAUUGGAGAAACGGCCAAAUGCUGCGGAAACGCCGGCGCGUGAACCGGCUGGAGACGAGCAUACGUUGAAGAUGCAUGACGUCGAGGCGGUGUGGAUCUUGAAAGGAACUGACGGGGUCAAGCAAUGGAUUCUAAACGGGAUGCUGCAGGCGAUACAUGAUCCAGCGUUUUCGGAGACUGGUCUCAUUCACCAGGGUUUCUCGAGUCAUUUCCACCAGACCCUGCGCCGACCUCUCACACGUUUUCUGUCCAAGGCAGCGACAGUGGCUCGGAAACGAACUCCAGCGAAUCCCUACGUUGUGGCGCUGGCGGGUCACUCCCUGGGAGGCUCUCUAGCGCUUCUCGGUACCUGGUUCCUCGCCAAGAAUCUGAAGCCUUUCCUGGAGUCGGGCCAACUUGUCAUUUAUAGCGUUGUCUACGGCUCUCCGUCGAUUGGUGACGCCGUCGCUAUCCGAGAGCUGAAUGCCUGCGGCGCAAAGAUUUUCCGCAUACGCAUAGACCUCGACCCGGUGCCUCUGAUGGCACAGACUCAAGGCGUCACCAAGCUCUACAAGGACGACAACGACGACAUUGUGUUUCGCGCGGAAGACAUGGCCAACGUGGCGCUGUGGAACCCAGACGGGUCUUUGAAGUACAGCGGACUCGUGUGGCUGCUGGACGCGGUGCAACCCUUUCGAAGAAGGAAAAAGCUCCUUCGAUUCUUCGCCCGGCAUUACGCCCUCCCCCAGUUCGUCCAGACAUACAAUAACCCGCUGUACACCCACUUACACCUCUUCCCGUGCCUCUGGACGAUCCUCACUGGCAUGUAUGAGGAAUACGGGUGGAGCUCCUCCUGUGCGGCGCCGCUGCUCAGACGGUACCCGCUCUUCCCUUUCAUUUUGUCGGCAGAGUCAGAGGUAGAGAUGAAGCGAGUGCAUGAGGAGGAACUUCCUGGCGUCCUGAAACGGCUCGAGCAAAGGCUGAAAAGCGAAUCCUGGACUCGGAAAACGCAGGCGCUUAUCCAGUCAGGCCUGGCGUUCCUCAGGGGAGAAUUACACUGA